GUGAGCUCUGGCGGCGGCGGCGGCGGCGUCCCAGUGGCGCUGCCGGGGCGGGCCAUGCAGCCCCCCCUUGCGGCUCGGAGCCUCCGCGGCGGCGCGCCCCCUCGACGACGCAGCCGGGAGCCGGCGGUGGCAGCGGCUGCAGCCCUGAGCAGGAGCCGGGAGGCGGCGGCGGCGGAGCUGGCGGCCGGGCGGCCCCCGCCAGCACCCUGAGGCGGAGCAGCGCAGCGCAGCGCAGCGCAGCGCGCCGUCCAGCAGCACGAUGGGCCUGUCGUGGCGGCUGCUGCUCGCGGUGGCUACCACCGCCGCCGCCGUCGUGCUGGAGGAGCCCCGAGCAGGUGCAGGAUCCGUUCAGACGGAAGAUGCUGACUAUGACAUCGUCCACCCCGUCAAGGUCGAUGAAAGGGGCUCCUUCGUCUCCUACAACCUCUCCCACCGCUGGGUCUCCAAAAGGGCCCUUUCCGGGCAGAACCGCCCGCUGGCCUUCUACGAACUGCACCACCGAGGCCAGCGGCUGAGGUUCAACCUGAGUCUCAACAGCCAUCUCCUGGCGCCUGGCUUUGUGAGCGAGAGGCGCUACGGAGGGAUCGCGCGGGCCGAGAUCCAGGCCUACAGCCAGAACUCUUGUCAUAUGAUCGGCUCCGUUCAGAACCAGGAGCAGGAGAGCGGAUUGGCAGCUCUGAGCACGUGCGAUGGGCUGAAAGGCGUCUUCCAGCUGGCUAACGAGGACUUCUUUAUUGAGCCCCUGGUUGCAAGCAAGUCCCGGCGGGGUGCAGCCCAUCCCCACAAGAUCUACAGGCGCCACAUCCCAGAGUACGAGGCAGAAGAGUUUAUUGCAGUGGCAAACACAAAGCAAGUCAGGGAACCGCCUGCAAACGUGAGGAUGUGUGGAGUGCAAGAAAGCCUUGAAAAGUCUGAGAAACGGAGAGAAAGGUGGGAAGAGAAGCAGCAGCGGAAGCACCGGAUCAAGGGGCGCUCCGUCAGCAAGGAGAAAUGGGUGGAGACUCUGGUGGUGGCCGACACCAAGAUGGUGGCCUACCACGGCAGCGAGAACAUCGAGAAAUACGUCCUGACGGUCAUGAACAUGGUGGCUGGUUUAUUCCACGAUGCCAGCAUUGGGAACCCCAUCCACAUUUCUAUUGUGCGUCUUAUCCUUCUGGAAGACGAGGAGGAGGACCUGAAAAUCACCCACCACGCAGACAACACCUUGCGAAGCUUCUGCAAGUGGCAGAAAGCCAUCAACGUAAAGGGGGAUGCUCAUUCGCUGCACCAUGACGUCGCCGUCCUGCUCACAAGGAAGGACAUCUGCGCUGCCAUGAACCGUCCGUGCGAGACGCUGGGCUUGUCUCACGUCUCCGGCAUGUGCCAGCCGCACCGGAGCUGCAACAUCAACGAGGACACGGGGCUGCCCUUGGCCUUCACGGUGGCCCACGAACUUGGACACAGUUUUGGCAUUCAGCACGACGGAAGCGGCAAUGACUGUGAGCCAGUUGGGAAAAGCCCUUUCAUCAUGUCUCCACAGCUCCUGUACGACACCUCGCCCCUCACCUGGUCCCGCUGCAGCCGGGAGUACAUCACCCGCUUCCUCGACCGGGGCUGGGGGCUCUGCCUGGACGACCCGCCCGCCAAGGAGGCCAUUGACUACCCCUCCAUGCCCCCAGGAGUCCUCUAUGACGUCGGCCACCAGUGCCGCCUCCAGUACGGGGCUCACUCCACCUAUUGUGAAGACAUGGAUAGCGUCUGCAGCACUCUCUGGUGCUCCGUGGGGAGCACGUGUCACUCCAAGCUGGACGCAGCUGUCGAUGGCACCAAAUGCGAGGAGGACAAGUGGUGCUUCAACGGAGAGUGCGUGCGCGUGGGCACCCGGCCCCAGGCCAUCCACGGCGGCUGGGCAGCCUGGGGCUCGUGGGCGGCCUGCUCUCGGACCUGUGGCGGCGGAGUGCAGAACGCGGAGCGCCCGUGCAACAGCCCCACGCCCAAGUAUGGCGGCAAAUACUGCUUGGGGGAGCGGAGGCGCUACCGGGUGUGCAACAGGAAGGCGUGUCCCGCGGGCCGGCCCUCCUUCCGGCAACUCCAGUGCAGCCGCUUUGACGCCAAGCCCUACAAAGGGAAGCUCUAUAAGUGGACGCCCAUCCCCAACAGCAUCAGCCCGUGCGAACUGCACUGCCGGCCGGAGGACGAGUACUUUGCCGAGAAGCUGCGUGACGCCGUCCUCGACGGGACCCCGUGUGGCGAAGGGAACUCCAGCGGGGACCGGUGCAUCAACGGGAUCUGCAAGAACAUCGGCUGCGACUAUGAGAUUGACUCUUAUGCCGUGGAGGACCGCUGUGGCGUGUGCCGAGGGGACGGCUCGACCUGCCAGACCGUGAAGAAGACCUUUGAGGAGAGUGAGGGCCUGGGCUACGUGGAUGUUGGGCUGAUCCCGGCCGGGGCGCGAGAAAUUCAGAUUGAGGAGGUGGCCGAGGCAGAGAAUUUCCUGGCCUUGAGAAGCGAAGACCCAGAGAAAUACUUCCUGAAUGGCGGCUGGACCAUCCAGUGGAAUGGGGUUUACCAAGUGGCCGGGACGACCUUCACUUACGAGAGGACCGGCAACUGGGAGAACCUCACUUCCCCAGGGCCCACGGAGGAGCCAGUGUGGAUUCAGCUCUUGUUCCAGGAGAAGAACCCGGGAAUCCGCUAUCAAUACACCAUCCGAAGGGAGUCCGAUAGCGAGAAUGAGAUCACUCCUGCCGAGUUCUUCUGGCAAUACGGAUCCUGGACAAAAUGCACAGCCACCUGUGGGACAGGUGUCCAGAGGCAGAUUGUGCACUGCCUGGAGAAAACGGCCGGGGCGGUGGAAGAGCGCUACUGUGACGCCCUCAGCCGGCCGGACGACAAGCAGAGGAGCUGCAGCGAGGACCCCUGUCCGGCCAGGUGGUGGGCAGGCGAGUGGCAGGCGUGUUCGGCCACGUGCGGCGAUGGGGGGCUGAUGAAGCGGACCAUCCUCUGCCUCCAGAGCGUGGCGCUGGACGAGCAGCGGGCAUUGCCGCCCGGGGAAUGCCAGCACCUCUCCAAGCCGGACGCCACGGCCCCUUGCAACAGGGAGCUCCUCUGCCCCGCGGAGUGGGUCGCCGGGAACUGGUCCGAGUGUUCCGUGACGUGUGGAAGCGGAACCCGAUGGCGCUCCGUUGACUGCCCCGGGGAGAACGGAGCAAGCUGCGAUUUGGUGCAGAGGCCGCCUGCCGAAACCGCCUGCUUGCUGCCGCCGUGCCGGGACCGGAUCAACAGCCCGGUCCCCGAUUGGUCCGGCAGCGGCUCUUCGAGCAAGGAGCUGUUCAACGAAAUCCAUUUCAUCCCCAGCCACCACCUCCCCAAAUUCAUCCCUUUGGCACCCAAAUCCAACGCCAUCACGGAGGAAGAUUUUUCUGCUGGCAGCAAUAAAAAGGGAAAUGUGUUUGUGGAUGAUUUUUACUAUGACUAUAAUUUCAUUAACUUCCAUGAAGAUCUGUCCUACGACUUGGCCAACGAAAAGGAGAACAAGGGAGAAGGUUUGGAGCCAGAAGAUGGGGCGAAGUCCGGCAACAAGGAGAAGGCAGAUUCCAAAGAGAUGCUUCCCAACUUUCUUCCAACUGCAAAGCCAGAGAGUGGAAUGAAGAAAGGAAGCCCAGCGUCUCCUGCUGUUGGGCAGAAUAGCGGAGAGGAACAUGAUACGGUUCAAGGCAGUACUGUCAACUUUCAGGAUACUGUUGGGACGACUUUGGCCAUCUCUACCGCCUCUUCCAUUGUUGCCAAAGGGGAGGGCACUGGAUCUUCACUUCUGGAAGACCUUCUGUCCACUUUAGAAACGAUGAGACAUUUUCCCUCAAGCAAUGCUGGUCACGCGUCUGUUGGUAACACCCUGGAAGAGCCUUUGAGAAGCACCAUUUUGAAAGAGGACGGAACGGUCACAGCUGCCUCUUCCAGCUUUCGUUCUUGGGCCACUCUGGCUCCAACCUUACCUUUUGGCAAGCGCCACAAUGCUCAAGGAAGCCAAUCUGGCCCUCCUGACACUACACAAGAUCCUGAUGGGAGGGUGCAAGACCCCAGAAGCUCAGGGAUCUCCAUUCCUGGCUUCUCUGCGGUUUCAGAAGGAGGCCUCAGAGGAGUAAGCAGCACCAGCCAGGCCGUUGUUAGUGGCAAAGAAGCCAUGAGCACCCCUCCCCCAGUUAAAGAAGUCCAGGUCAGCACAGUCCCCACUGCAGCGGCAAGAACCAGGGUGACCCCCUUUGACCUCCCGCACCAGACAUUUCGCUCUACUGAAGCCACCCCUAACCUUCAGGACGCGCGAGAGAGGAGCAAGAGCCCUGACCGCACCGGGAGUUCACAGAAUGUGGGAAAGGACAAGAGCCAUCUGGACAGUGCACAGAAGCAGCACCCCUCUCCCACUGGCAUCCUGCAGGCCAGAGAUGUCCUGCCCCCCGUGACUGACCUUCCUUCAGGACAGCCCACCCCUGUGCAUGAGUCUCCUGGCCAUGGAAGCCAGGUGCUUGCAUCUCGCAGUCCAGGCCCCCCGGAGCUCCAGUCAUCUGCAGAGCCAGCUUCCUGGGAGCAGGGCACGACUCUGCCCAACUCUUGGCCUUCUGCCCUGCCCACACCCCAGUGGAAGGAGCUGGACGCCAAACAGUCUUCUCAUGAGGACCAGGAACUCUUUGGGCAUGGGAACCAGCUCCCCGAUACAAGCUUGCCCAGUGGGGCCCAUCGGGUCUUGGCUACGACCAGCCGUGGAGGUCUGGGGCCCAGCCUCACAACCACCAAGCGCCAGGACAUGGUGGAGGGGAAGGAGGCAUCCUCGGUGGCGGCUCCGUCUGCUGCCGCCGUCCCAGCCGUCCUCAAUGCCACCUGGGAAGCUGGAAACUGGAGCAAGUGCUCCACCAGCUGUGGCCUGGGCGCCAUUUGGAGGACGGUGCGCUGCAGCACAGGGAAGGACGACGACUGCCCCCCUCCCAGGAAGCCCAUCCCGGCCCGGCGCUGCUACCUGCGGCCCUGCUCCACCUGGCGCGUGGGGAACUGGAGCAAGUGCACGGGGGCCUGCGGAGGCGGCAUGAAGUUUCGGGACCUCCAGUGCAUCGACGCGCGAGACCAGCGGCCCCUCCGCCCCUUCCACUGCCAGUCUGUCCUGUUCAAGCCGUCGGCGCAGAUGCCCUGCCCAGCCCAGCCCUGCCUGGACUGGUACACGUCCUCCUGGAGGGAGUGCUCGGAGCUGUGCGGAGGAGGAGAACAGGAGCGUCUGGUCACCUGCCCGGAAGCUGGGAGGUGUGAGGAGCGGCUCCGGCCCGCCCACCGCAGGCCCUGCAACGCCCAGCCCUGCACCAAGUGGGCGCUGGGCUCCUGGGGACAGUGCACGGCCACCUGCGGGGGAGGCGUCCAGCGAAGGCAGGUCAAGUGCGUGAACACCAAGACGGGGGAGGCGGAAGAAGAGCAGAGUCUGUGCGGCCCCGAGGAGCGGCCAGAGGACACCCAGAAAUGCAGCCCCCAAGACUGCAGCCCCAGCGAGUCCGGCUCCGUCUGUGAGCGGGACCGGCUCUCCUUCGGCUUCUGCCAGACGCUGCUCUUCCUGGGCAGGUGCCACCUCCCAACGGUCAGCGCCCAGUGCUGCCGGACCUGCCACCACCACCACCACCACAGCCCUGGUGGCACCCGGGGCCGUGGGGACGAGCGCGCCUCCCGGAGGUAGAAGCUGCUGCUCCGAAGAAGGACCCCUGGGAGGAGGGAGGGCUGGAGACCCUCCCGGAGAACCCCCAUGAUCUGCAGCCAGCGAGGCUCAGCCACGGCUUCUGCCCGGCCUCCUCCAGUCAGGGCCUUUGCGUGGGGCUCUUACGGCAGCCGGAAGGGUGAACUGGCAGGUUUCACGGCCACGGUGCUCCUCCUCAGUCCUCCCGUGAAACCCGCACUCGGGGCUUCCCCAGGAGAUGCUCGCUGCCUCCUCACAGCAGAGGAAGGUGCCAUGAGCCGCGUGCAAGGCCACCCCCACCACACCCACGAGCAUCUGAGUGGCCACCUGGCACCCGAAAAGCCGUCCUCCCCCCCCCCGGAGGCCAUCUCCUCCUCCUCCUCCCCCCUCUCUGGUGCUAUCGUUUGACAUAUCCAGGCUCCACUCGGUGUUGGCGGGCCAGCACCAGACUCUUGACAGGGACGGCACGUUUUGUAAGAAGCCGUUAUUUUUUAUAUCUAUUAUAAAACAUCAGCAAACAUUCCACGCAGUGUAGUUUGGCCAUUUGGUGGCUUUGAGGACAGUUCCCCUUGUUGUUGCCGCCGGAGGCUUGGAGCUGGCAGUUCAUGGGAGCCCAAACUUCCCUCCCGGCAGAACUGGAGAGUCGGCAGCCCAAAGCAGAGGCAGGAAACGGGGGUUGGCUGAGACCUGCCUGGAACAAAACAAACUGCUCCGGCUUGUCUGUGAGAUCCCUUUUCAGGUUCCGUGUCUGUAAUCGUGUUGGGUGUUCCUUUUUCACAAACGUGCCAGCUUCAUAAAACUGCAAAAGCACCAGACUGAGAAUUAGACUUCUAGUUCCCCCUGUAGCUCUGUGGUCUGGGAACAGCUCACUGCGGAGGCUGCAUCCCCCGUAUUUGUAAUUCAGGCUUAAUAUCCACAUUGACAGGAACACUUCGGAUAUUCAAAUAGUUCUUCUGCUUUCUAACCCUACAUGAACAGUGCAGGGACGAGACAACCGUGCUUUGGAGUGUGGUUUUUAGGGUGUGACUCAGAUCUUGCACCACCUGGGGGGUCUAAAGUCUGUGUAGCAGAACUUGAUGGCUGGAUUUAUUCUUCAGGCUUGCAAAAGAAGCCGUGAGGCCUAAAAGACCAAGGCUGUGGUCCUUCUGUUCUGGAACCCCGUGAGGUUCUGCAGAUUUUGCAGCUUCUUGGCUCAAUAUGCCUGUCUCGAAGUUACCAAAUCUUGUAAAAAUUACUGUUAACCUCGGGGGUGGGGGGUUGCGGGUGUAGUAGAACUACCCUUCCCCAUGAAAGCAGCAAGUUGUGCCCCAGUGGGAUGCCCAGGCCAAGCCACACUCUUCUUUUGUCUCUAGCUGGGCAAUCUAUAUUUUUAUUUAAUCCAAAAUGGGCAGCUUGGUUCUGUUUGUCUGCCCAUUUCUGCUCAGCCAUGGGUUCUGCCCCCUGGAGCUUCCCCAGCAAUUCAUCAUAGAGGGAAAGGGAAUUUUAAAAAACGUUUCCAAGGAGAUGCUAUGGAGCAGUAUCUUUGUAAUUUUGAUUUAUUUUUUUUUAAUGCCUGUAGCUCUCAAGUGUGUUAAAUUAAAUGGCUAUUAAAAAGUAA